GGGCCUCGGCCAAUCGCGGCGCCGCUCCCGGGGGGGGAGGGGGAGGGCUCCGCGAAGCCACGAUGGCGCCCAUGAAGCUCUGUAUCCCAGGAGAGAGACUGUGCAGCAUAGAAGACAGCACUCCUGGUGAUGGCACGUACUCCAGGCACGGAUACAUUUUUGCAUCUUUAGCUGGAUAUGUGCUGAAGAGAAAUGACAAUGGAAUGGUGCCAGUUAUAUGCGUGGUUCGAGAUACAGAGCCCCAACUCCUGCCAGAAGUGGGCGUUGUGGUAACGUGCAAGGUCACGAGUAUUAACCCUCGAUUUGCUAAAGUUCACAUUAUAUACGUACGAUCUACUCCACUCAAAGGGGCUUUCAGAGGAACUAUCAGGAGGGAAGAUAUCCGAGCUACAGAAAAGGACAAGAUCGAGGUCUACAAAUGCUUCAGACCCGGCGACAUUGUUUUAGCAAAAGUGAUCUCUCUGGGUGAUGCUCAGUCCAACUACCUGCUGACAACUGCGGAGAAUGAACUAGGUGUGGUUGUCGCACACAGCGAGGCAGGUGCCCAGAUGGUUCCUGUCAGCUGGUGUGAGAUGCAGUGUCCAAAGUCGCACGGGAAAGAGUUCCGCAAAGUGGCUCGAGUGCAGCCAGAGUUCCUCCACACCUGAGAGCUGUCACCACCGAGGGACCUGUCCAUGGAUCCAGCUCGCAUUCACACUGCCUCGCAGAACACGAGGCUCCCGGGGCCGGAGGUACAAACUGCAGAAGCGGCUCCGUCGGCAGAUGAUGCCAGGACUAAUAUCUUUUAUUCUUCUGUACAGCACAGUCUCAAGGUACUGGGUACAGUUGCCGUUCUACAUUUUAAAUUGAAAUAAAUAAAUAUUUUUCGUUAACUCCA